AUGAAUUCCUGCUUCAAUGGCGAAUUGCAGCAGUUUCAAAUGGAACUUCGUGCGCAGAAUUUUGAUAUUAUUCGUUUUUCAACGUAUCGAACUGCCUGCAAACUACGUUUUAUACAAAAGAAAUUGAACUUGCAUUUACUCGAUCUUCCGAAUGUUAUUGAAGCACUUCGAGAAUGUUCAACGUGGGUUGCAACAACUACGCCGACAAGUAAUCGCAGUCUCACUUCAUCUCCUUACAACAGUAAUUUAUUCAAAUCUGAUUCUUUAUCAUCACCACCGACUAUAACGACAACAGCAAUACUAGAUCGUUCAACAUUUUCGUCCAUGCGACAACCUCAAAAAUACAUGAUCUCAUCUUCACGUUUAAUCACAUUUUUAACUUCUAUUUAUACAAAUCUGAAUAAACGUUUACCAUCAUCUCAGCAACUGAACAUCGAACAAUGUGUUAAAUGUUCAACAGCGUGGUUUCUAUUUGUCUACGAUUCACAGUACUUACAAUCGAUCCGGUUGAGUUCAUUCAAAGUUGCCUCAAUUUUAUUAUGUGCAGGAAAAUUAGCUGAUAAAAUGAAAUAUUUGUUUACAACAAAUUCUCAAUCCUCCACAUCCUCAUCAUCUCAAACAAUGAAUUCACAACAGAUCGAUGAAUUAUUACAUGAAAUACUAGCAAUUCCACAGGCACUACAGGAAACACCAUCGUUCCCGUAUCGAGCGAAUCUUGCACAAAGUUUCUUUCCAAACUCAUCGAUGUCAGUUACAUUACCAGAAUUUCUCGAAACAUUAAUUUUAAGUGAUUCAGUUCCGACUUGUCUACAUUUAUGUCAAGAUUGUUUUUGGCGUGGACGUAUAUCAGAUGACCAUCAGUUAGACCAUGAAAUAAAAGAAUAUACAUAUUUUCAAUCUCCUGUGAAAGAAUUUCGACAAUCUUUAAGACGAUCAUUUCAAUGUGUACCAAAGAAUGAUGAAAAUAAAAAACGUCAAGCAACUGGAUCACCCUCACCAUCGCACAGUUUUUUCUCAUGGAAAUCACGAAAAUCUCAUCAUCAUUCAACAUUAUCGUCGCCUUCUUCGACACAGCCGUCAAGUCCACUAACCGUAGGCAAAGAUGACAACCAUAUAAAAGAGCCAAUAGUUCGUUUAAUAACACCAGUAAUACAAUCAAAAUUUAAUCAUCAAAAUGAUUUAACGGAAUUGAGUGGAGUUAACGAUGACGAAUAUCAGCAAAAUGAAUAUCAAACACAACGGGUAUCAACAAUAAAGUCGUCACCAAAAUUACCCAACCAACGAUUACGUGCACCGAUGACGGGCAUUUCAAAUAUGUCAACGACUGGAAUCAGCAAUAAUAAACAACAAUAUCUUGACACAGACGAACAUGUAGAAAUAGCAUGUUAUGCACAACAAUUGGCGUCGCUAAUGAAAAAAAAUACAACACAACGUUUUUCAUCGUCUCCAAUGAAUUUUCAAAUAAAUAAUCAUUAUCACCAUCAUCAUGAUUUGUUAUCAAGCGGUCAUAGUAACACUAUAAUGAUCGAUCAACCGCUUGAAAAAAGAUUAAUGAUAGCAAAAUUAGAAGCGAAAAAUAGACGUAUUUUGCGUGAGAUAAACAAACUGCGUGAUCAACUCAAACGCCGUGGCUCAUUAGAUUUUGCUGAUAUACAUGCUCACAGUGAUACUGAUGCGUCGUCUUAUCCCUAUUGUUUAUCGUCUUCGUUGGCUACCAUUCCCAUGAGUAUAGUUGAACGUAAUGUUCAUACAUUACCGCAUCAGCAUUCUAGUCCACUUCAUUAUUUUUCACCAUAUUCACAACAGCAACAUUAUCAUUUCACAACUAAUAAUAAUCGUUUUUCAAAUGAUCAGCAACGUAGUCGUAGUCAACAAACAUGUUUAAUAAAACGUGGUGGUAGUGAUUACAUUGGACAUGAAUUGAAUACCCUAAUUAAACAUAAACAAGAAUUGGAGACACGCAUUGAUCAUUUACAACAGAGCAAAGAAGAAUUAACGUCACAAUUGGAUACGUUAUCGAAAUUACGUAAAUAUACACCAUAUCAACAGCAACAACGUACAACUCCAAAAGGGCGUUUGAGUAUAUCACCAGAAAGAAUGAUCUCUUCUUCUAAUAAUAGAAUGGACCGAAAUAUGCCAUCUUUUCGAAGUUAUUCAACACCGGCAACACCCACUAUUGAACCUUUGUAUUCUUCCAGUCAAGACGAUUUUGAUACAAACGAUUGUUAUCCAGCGCCGUCAACAGCUCAGUUGCCCGCAACUGACCAUGCUAAAUCAUUACGUACUGACUUGUUAAUUGCGGCAGAUUCUUUAACAUCAGCAAUGUCAAGUCUAGUUAAACAAUUAAAUACAGAGAGUGACGAGUCACUUGUUGAAAUAUUCUCAAAUCACAAUAACAAUAAAAACAAUCAUCAUCAUGAGCAUGACGAUGACGAUAAAGAUGAUGAAAAUAAGAAAAUAAUUUAUUUUAGUUCACGUGAGAAUGAUCAAUCCAAAACAGCAACAAUUGGUCAAGCGCAAUGGAUCGAUGAAAAUGAUAAAAAUAGUAAAAACAAUUCACAGCAGACUUUUAAUCAUAAUAGUAAUAAAAACAAUAACAAUAAUUAUUCGAUUUCUCAAGAAAUACUACAAUCUGAAUAUCCAAACAAUAUCUGGAAAACGGAGAUGAACGGUGAAAAUACAAAUCAUAAAGAUAAUAAUAAUUCUGUUGAUGAAACUAAUGAAAAGGACAACGACAGUGGUAGUCGUACAGAUGAAGAAUCUUUACUUACAACAGAUGAUGAUAGUUUUCAACAAGAACGGACAACGGACGACGAUUUAUUACGAACAACCGAUGAUGAAGAUGCUUCAGCGAGAAAUAGAAAAAAUAUUGUUGUUCCUGCUGUCGUAGAAUCGUCUGCAUUGUUAACUAGACAUAUAGAACAAUAA